CCGGUUCGUCUGAAAAAAUACAUGUGCCACGAUCAGUCGGACAAUCUGAAUGCCUCUGUGCGAUAUGAUAAUAAUAAGAUCCCGCGUUCGCGGCAAAAAGAAUCCCACAAGCUCAUCAGUUUCUGUGAAGACGCCGAGGAGAGUGUAAGUCAUAAAAGUUUGAGAUCACGUGCGCGGGAGUAAGAAGAUAAAAUGAGUGAGGGUGUAGCUGAAGUUGAGGCAAAACCACCAACUGUUGUGAAUGGCCAGAAGAAGAUGAACGAUUUGUUCGAUACAAACAUUGCACCGCCAGAUUGGCUCAAUCAGGAUCUCCUGCAGAAAGCCCUGAGGAAUUAUGAGAGUGACAAUACACUUUUGGUGACGGAAUGCAACAUUGUUCCGGCGACAAAACCUGGAGACAACUUUGCCAGUGUCGUCUAUAGAGCUCAUCUCGCGUUCACCUCAAAGAAGAACUCGUCGCCUGAAAAGCUCUCCGUGAUCAUUAAAGUGAAGCCCUUCGUUGAUGGACUGAAGAAGGAAAUGAUGGGCGAAGUGCCAUUCUUCGAGACGGAGAUUGAAAUGUAUACAAAAGUUCUGCCCGAAAUGCAGCGACUCUUGACCCAGACUGGAGACAGUGAUAUCAUAGCGCCAAAUAUCAUUUAUCACGGUCUGAAUCCAGAUUUCGUUAUAUUUGAGGACAUUGCUAAAUAUGGUUACGUGGCCAAGCAUGAUGCUUUAAAUUAUGACAGCACUGUUCAAGUGAUAACGAAAUUGGCGAAAUUACACGCGCUAUCAUACUAUAUUCAGAACGAGUCGAUACUGGACUUGACGACAUUCGACAAAGGUCUCAUCACUGAUGGAAUUGGGGAGAAGAUGGAGUUCAUUCCUCAGAGCUUCAAUACUUUCAUCGAAGGUGUUAAAAGCUAUGGGAAGUACGAUGUGAUUGUGGAGAAAUUGAAGGCCGUGCAGCCGUUCUUCUUCGACAAAUUGGGCGCCGUUUACAAAGCCAAUCCAAAUAACUUUGGUUUCAAUGUGCUGAAUCAUGGGGACUUUCACAUCAGGAACCUCAUGUUCAGAUUCAAUGACGAGGGCAUUGAACAUGUGUCUUUUAUUGACUUCCAGAUUUGCUUCUGGGGAACUCCUGCCGUCGAUCUGUACUACAUUCUGUACGCAAUGGCUUCGAGCAAGGCUAGGGAGAGACAGGAGGAACUCCUGAGGAUCUACCAUGAUAAAUUCUGCUCCCUGCUCACCGAUCUCGGAUAUCUCAAGAAGCCACCAAGUUUGUUGGAUUUGCACAUUGAACUGCUGCGCCACGGCUUCAUGGAAGUCUUCUUGGCAUCGUGCUUCCUUCCAAUAUUCUACAUGGACUUGACCAAGUUCGCGGCGGAAUUGGAGAGUCAGGAAAAUGGUUCGGAGGAGAAAGGGUUUGAAUUUAUGUUGGAAUUUCAGAUGAAAAUCUAUCGCGAGGAAGGAGAACUGAAGAAUGUUAUCGAGACACUCUUGCCCAAAUUAUUGCACACUGGCCAAUUAGAAAUAUAAAAAAAAAGAUAUUUUAUGGCAGAAGAUAAAGUAUCAAAUUACAGUAUUACCGAUAAAAAUACGAUGAGGUUAAUGGCAAAUAAAUAAAUUGGGAUUCAA